AUGAGUGUGGAGGAGCUGAGUGACCGUAUGGUGGACGACGAAUGGGUCUCUUCUUCCCAACUGCUGGAUGUUCGAGAAGAUUGGGAACACGAAACCAGCUUCCUGCCACACUUUGCCCUGAGACCUUUCAGCCGUUUCCCAAGCUGGGGUCCCUCAGCAGCAGCGAAGCUAGAUCCAGAAAGGGAAACGGUGGUGCUGUGCCACCAUGGGAUCCGGUCACACAGUGUGGCGCAGUUUCUUGCUGAUCAAGGAUUUAAGCGGGUGUUCAACGUUUCUGGAGGAAUUGAUGCAUACUCUCGCAUCGUAGAUCCCUCGGUACCCCGAUACUAA